AUGAGAUCGCUCCGCUUCAUUGCUGCAGAAGCCCUUGUAUCCCACCCGCUGCUGGCCCAGGAAAGCCUGGACAGUAUGGCCUACAACCUCUACCCACUCCUGUUCAAGGUCAGCUACCUGCUGGAGCAGGCAGAAGUGACCCGCGCUGUGCUAGGGUGCUGGCCUAUGGAGGAGUUCCGGCUGGCCAUGCUGCUGGGGCCCAGCAAUGACCACCCAGAGGACUUGCGUGACCGGGCCUGCAGGACCUGCCUGGAGGCCUGCAUUCGGGGCCUGGCUGACCAUGUGCUGCAGGGUGGGAGCCACCGGCUUCGACUGGCAGACCUCACAGGCAUCCGGGAUGUGCAAGAGCAGCGAUGUCCCUGUGGGAGGGUGUUGGGGAGGUGGGGCCGCACCCAGCUGCUGGCCAAGACCUGUUGUGAGCUGCAGGCACAGCCCUGCGUGGCUGGACACUCCAUUGAGGUCCUGGCCGACCUCUUUGUAACCGACGGAAACUUUGAGGCAGUGGUGCAAGCUCUGCAGCCAGCAGGCCCAGCCCCUUUUCAGGUGCGCUGCCCCUCAUUCCGUGCAGAUAGCCUGAGCCCUGGGCAGCUCCUGCUUGUGCUGGGCCUGGUGGGACCGGCUAUACUGCACAAGCUAGAGGUGGUGCACAAUGUGCGGCUGCACGCUGGCCAUGUGCUACAGCUGCUGGAGCAGGUGGGCUUUCCCCAGUUAGCCUCUCUCACUCUGCCCACCAAGGCCUUUGAUGCUCCCCCUGACUGCACCCCAGCCCCUGAGGGCCAGGACCCCCUCCUUGCCUCCAUCGCCUGGGAGCUGAGCCGCAUGACCCAGCUCACUGAGCUCAGUGUGGCUUUCUCCUCACUGACUGGGAAGAUCCGAACGCUGCUUGGCCCCCUCAGGACCCCACUGCGAGUGCUCGACCUGGCCAAUUGUGCCCUGAACCAUGCAGACAUGGCCUUCUUGGCAGACUGUGCCCAUGCCACCCACCUGGAGGUGCUGGACCUCAGUGGACACAACCUGGUCCACUUUUACCCCUCAUCUUUCUUCAGGCUGCUACGCCAGGCAGCCCAGACCCUGAGGGUACUGACGCUGGAGGACUGCUGCAUCACAGACAGCCACGUGGGCAUGAUGACCCUAGGCCUGAGCCCCUGCAGUCAGCUCCAGGAGUUCAAGUUCCUGGGGAAUCCCCUGUCUGCCCGUGCCCUCAGACGCCUCUUUGCUGCACUCUGUGAGCUCCCUAAGCUGCAGCGCAUUGAGUUCCCGGUGCCAAAGGACUGUUACCCCGAGGGCACGGCCUACCCCCAGGAUGAGCUGGCCAUAUCCAAAUUUGACCAGCAGAAGUACAAUGUGAUUACUGAAGAGCUGCGCUUGGUGCUGCUGAGGGCAGGCCGGGGGGAUAUCCAGGCUUCCACACCACUCUUCGGAAGCUUUGACCCAGACAUUCAGGAAACCAGCAAUGAACUUGGCGCUUUCUUGCUUCAAGCUUUUAAAAAUGCUUUAGAAAAUUUUUCCAGAGCACUAAAACAAAGUGAAUAAGCCCUCAAAUCAUGCCAAGAAUAGGUCUUGCACUUCAGCCUGUGUAGCACCUCAGAUCUGUCCCAGAUAGGAGGGCUGAGUCAAGCAUUUGUCACCAGAAACAUCACUCACAAAAGCACUUCUUAGUGAAAAUUAUAGGUGUACCAGUUAGGUACUAUAGGAGAGGAAGUCCUGCCUUUUAGAUGUGACAUGAGGUGUUCCUGGGUGUCACUGCAGCAGGAUCCUGGAGCAAAGAUUCAAGGAGAGGCCACCACAGUAGCAGAAAGUGAAGUGCUUGGCCAGGCACUAGGCCAGCUGACAGUAGGGACAGGAUCUACUGCUACACAACAGUGAGGAUGAAGAAAUGAGAGAACUUACUGCAGAAUUUGUAUAAAAUAAGAAGCAGCCCAUGAAAGCUAACUAAGACUAAACAUGAAAAGUGAGCCAGACAGACCCCUGGGCCCAGCAGGAGGUACCACACACAGCAGGUCACAUCUUGCCUGCUGCAUUAAAGCUCCCAAGACAAGGCCUGGGCUAGGGUGGCUUCUUCCCCUCACUGGUAUCCAAGUGGAUGUGGGCUGUUCCUUGUCCCAUCUCUACCAGAAGCCCUCUGAGCACCAUACCUGGGCUCCCAGA